AUGGACACCGUUACGGAGCACACAAUGGCGAUAUAUAUGGCGCUUCUUGGAGGUCUGGGUAUCAUACACCACAAUUGCUCAAUCGAGGAACAGGCCGACAUGGUCAAGAAAGUCAAAAGAUACGAGAAUGGCUUCAUUCUGGACCCGGUGGUUCUGUCCCCGGAUACCACUGUUGGUGAAGCCAAAGAGCUCAAGGAGAAAUGGGGGUUUGGCGGGUUUCCGGUCACUGAGAAUGGUACGCUCAAAUCAAGGCUUAUCGGCAUGAUCACCACCCGCGAUAUCCAAUUCCAUCCUUCCUCGAAUGACCCCGUCUCCGAAGUGAUGUCGAAGGAUCUCGUCACAGCCCCUGCUGGCACGACUCUUCUGGAGGCCAAUGAAUUGCUGCGAAGGUCAAAGAAAGGCAAAUUACCAAUGGUAGACGAAAAUGAAAACCUCGUUGCGCUUCUAUCACGGUCAGAUCUAAUGAAGAAUUUAAAUUAUCCUCUCGCCUCCAAAUUGCCCCAUUCCAAACAGCUUAUCUGUGCUGCUGCCAUCGGAACUCGCCCAGAUGACAAGCGUAGACUACAGGCGCUGGUUGAUGCUGGUCUUGACAUUGUCGUUCUUGAUAGUAGUCAGGGUAACAGUAUCUAUCAGAUUGAGAUGAUCAAGUACAUCAAGAGGACGCACCCGAACCUCGAGGUCAUCGCAGGCAAUGUCGUCACACGGGACCAAGCGGCCCCUCUUAUAGCUGCAGGUGCUGACGGUCUUCGCAUCGGUAUGGGUAGCGGAAGUGCGUGCAUUACUCAAGAGGUCAUGGCAGUAGGUCGACCACAAGCAACCUCUGUUUACCGCGUAUCCGAGUUUGCAGCAAGGUUCGGCGUCCCAUGUAUUGCCGAUGGCGGAAUUCAGAACGUUGGUCAUAUUGUAAAGGGCCUCGCGAUGGGAGCGUCAACCGUAAUGAUGGGAGGUUUGUUGGCUGGAACUACAGAAUCGCCUGGCGACUACUUCGUCAGUAGGGAAGGAAAACUGGUCAAAGCCUACCGCGGCAUGGGCAGUAUUGACGCAAUGGAAGACAAAAAAGCAGGUGCUGGAGCCAAGAACACGAAAGCGAGCAAUGCCGGCACGGCUCGCUAUUUCUCUGAAGGAGACCGUUUACUUGUUGCGCAAGGGGUAUCAGGAUCUGUUCUCGAUCGAGGCUCUGUUAACAAGUUUGUCCCAUAUCUCCUUGCUGGCCUUCAGCACUCUAUGCAGGACAUUGGUGUGAAGAGCCUUGUGGAACUCCGAGAAGGGGUACAGAAUGGCAAUGUCAGAUUUGACCUGAGGACGGCCAGUGCCCAGGCCGAAGGUAACGUGCAUGGUCUACACAGCUUCGACAAGAAACUAUACUCGUGA